AUGGCUGAGAUUCGUCGCAAGCUUGUUAUCGUCGGAGAUGGUGCCUGUGGUAAGACCUGUCUGUUGAUUGUCUUCUCCAAGGGCACUUUCCCUGAGGUCUAUGUCCCUACUGUCUUCGAGAACUACGUCGCCGAUGUUGAGGUCGAUGGCAAGCAUGUUGAGCUCGCCCUUUGGGAUACUGCUGGUCAGGAAGAUUACGAUCGUCUUCGCCCUCUCUCAUACCCCGACUCCCACGUUAUCUUGAUUUGCUUCGCUGUCGACUCCCCCGAUUCCUUGGAUAACGUCCAGGAGAAGUGGAUCUCCGAGGUUCUGCACUUCUGUCAAGGUCUCCCUAUCAUUCUUGUUGGCUGCAAGAUGGAUCUCCGCCAUGACCCCAAGACUAUUGAAGAACUCCACAAGACCUCUCAGAAGCCGGUUACCCCUGAGCAGGGUGAGGAGGUCCGGAAGAAGAUCGGUGCCUACAAGUACCUCGAGUGCUCUGCCCGUACCAACGAGGGCGUUCGUGAGGUUUUCGAGGCGGCCACCCGGGCUGCGCUCCUGACCAAGGCCCACAAGAGCAAGAAGAAGUGCACCAUCCUGUAA